GCCGCCCGGGGCUGGGGAGGGAGCGCAGCGCGGGGCAACUCCAGGCCGCGGCCGCCCUCCGAGGCCUUUGCGGGCUCUGCGGGACCGGGGGAGGCGGUGGCAAAAAACCUGCGAGAUUUAAAUUCCGAAUUGCAGUCGGGAUGUGGAGGGAGCCCCCCCGCAAGUGGUAUUUCCCGGGUUUUGGAGGUUAACUACAGAUGGAGUGGUUAUUUACAUUCUUGCAACUUUUUGUCUGAAUCAGGAUUUGGAUCUUACAGGUACAUCAUAUCGUCUGUUUCAGCUAAGCAUGUCUUUAAAUUCAUCUAAGUUUUUAAAUGAAGAAAACUCUCAAGGACCAAAAAGAAAUAGAGAAUGUUUGGAAAGUCUUGAAUCGCAGACUCCAUCAUCAUUUAAAGAUAACCCACUUCAACAAUUACAGUUGGCAUCACAGGAAGUACUUGAAAAGGCAAAAAAAAGUGGGAGAUCAAAAUGCCCACAAUGCAAUAGUUCAAGGAUGUUUUAUUGUUAUACGUGCUUUGUUCCUGUUGAAACUGUCCCUAGUAAAGAAAUUCCGACUGUGAAGUUACCUUUGAAGAUUGACAUUAUUAAACACCCAAAUGAAACGGAUGGCAAAAGCACCGCUGUGCAUGCUAAGCUCCUGGCACCUGAUGAUGUUACAAUCUAUAAAUACCCUUGCAUUCCAGAAUACAAAGAAAAAAGACAUGAAAUAGCGCUUAUCUUUCCUGGCCCCAAUUCAGUUUCAGUAAAAGAUAUUGCUUUCCAUCUCCAAAAAUACAGUAAGAAAGCUGUUUGUGACAAUGAUGAUGACUGUUCCAGAGAACCAUUUCUUAAGCAAGCAAAAAUAGAACCUAAAGAAGAAAAAAAUCUAAGUGAAUGUAUCGCAAGCAACAGGAAUGAAAGCACUGGACUGAAGAAAAUAAUAUUUAUUGACAGUACCUGGAAUCAAACUAACAAAAUAAUAACUGAUGAACGACUGCAAGGGUUGCUACAAAUUGAGUUGAAAACAAGGAAAACUUGCUUUUGGCGUCAUCAGAAAGGAAAGCCAGAUACAUACCUUUCCACAAUAGAAGCAAUUUAUUACUUCUUUGUGGACUAUCACCAGGAGGUUUUGAAAGAGAACUACAAGGGACAAUAUGAUAAUCUGCUUUUUUUCUUUUCAUUUAUGUACUCAUUGAUUAAAAAUGCCAAGUGUUGUAAAGGAAAAGAAUAAAUUAAGAUGUCUAUAGGCAACAACAUUUCAUUUUGGUUCUUUUAUAAUGAACUGAACACAAGUAAGAUUUUUAUCUUACUGAAAUGUGGAAAUAGAUUGUACUCUUAGAAAUAGGUAUAGUGCUGCUCCAAAAGAAAGCUAAAGACCUCAUGUCAUACACACAAUACUGUAGAACUACUUAGAUGAGCAGUCUGAUUAAAGUUACUUAAAACACUCAUGCUUUACUAAAUACUAGUGUUUGAAGCUCAGACCUCACCUGCUUAUCACAAUGAGAGUAUUUCAUGAGAUGCGGAUUAGAGUACUAGGCCCUCAUCCCAUAAGGAUUUCCCUAACCUUAAAAAAAAAAAAAAAAAAAAAAAAAAAAUUAUUAUGCUAGCUUUUUAUUAUUAAUUUUGUUUCAUAUGCUUGGUAUGUUUUACCCAGUAAGUCUGAUUUCAGUUUUGUAACAUUAAAAAACUUCCUGAAAUGAUUAGGAUGAUACUUAAUUGGGGUUAGGGAACAGCAGAAAAAUGAAAGGCAGCAUUAAGUGAAUGGAGUAUAAUUGAUGUACUUUGUGAUGAUGUACUUAACUCUGGAAAAUUGUUCUAGUAAU